CGCAAUUGACAGUGCAUGGCUAUCAGUGAGCAAACUUCAACGGAGCAGCUCAAUCGCUUAUCACGGUGAAAGCCGCAUUCAUCGAUAUGAUAUAUUUUCCAAAUUCAUAAGGGCAAGGAUAGACUUGUUUACUACUUCUAAUCAUUUUCCGUCUCUACUUUCACUCAAACGCAAAUUCUUUUCGUUCAUUCAAGUUGCACUCAGUUAUACAUCCGGGCGAAACCGCUUAGUCUUGCAUUACAAUCCAUCAAAACCAUCGCACUGACGUUGCCCGACAUGGGUCCUGACUUUAUGUUUGAGAAUGACUUCCCUGGUGAUACGCGAGCCGUCAAUAAAAUUGCAUCGGGUUCAAUUAACGCUUCGCAUUUGGAUUCGGUAUUUUGCUCUGGUUUGAGGUCAGAAAGUGAUCUCAAACCCCAGAGUAUCUCACAGGGGCUUAUCCUUCCGCGAAUUGUGACUAAAAGGCUGCUCGAUUUUAUCCCUCGUGAAACCCAUCACUCUUUACGCCUAACCUGCAGGUCUUGGUCUCGAACAAUUGACAAGGCAAUGCCUGUUUCUCGCCCUGCCGCGAAUAUUGUACCGCCUGAAAUAUUGCUGCAAAUAUUCUUCAUGUUGGCCCCUCAUGAUUUUGAUAAUGCUCGACGGACGUGCUCCCAGUGGAUGAAAGUGAGCCUAAAUGAGCGGCUUCUGGAAAGUAUGCUCAAACGCGCAGGCUGGUGGAAUUCCUGGCAGCGGGACUGCCUAAUGCAACGUCAGGGUUUAGAACACCACAAAGAGAGCACUGUGUGGAAGAUGAGCCGGCGUUUCGCCACAGAAUGUGUCCUUUCCGGCCGAAAGGUGAACGUGGAGAGGGCUGGUUUCUUAAUAACCGCGGUCGUUGACUUUUCGAAACUAUCCCAAAGGCAGGAUUCCACCCGGGCGCCAUCAUGCUCGUUUUCCACGAAUUUCAGCGUCAACCAGAAUGGUGCCGUAGCUGUGUCCAAGUUCUGUCUCAGCGAUUGCGGCAAUUAUUUACUAAUAACCAGCAGAUGCAAAAUCUACGUUUAUCGUCUGCUUGGCCGGAACCAUGAGAGUCCCUUCCCUCCGUCUGUGCCUAAACAGGCGGAUGUUGCUCCCAUUACCAUCAUUACUUGUCCCGCUGAAGUGAUGUCUGCUACGAUUGAUACUAGUACUCCCAGACUCGUGGUUGCGGCGCUAUUCCGUAACCGUUCAGGGUUGAUGUGCGACUUGGUACCUUCUGACGCUGCUCGACCAAGUCUCUUACAAUCCGCUGGUUUCACCUCCGACAUAAUAGACGGCUCUAUACAACCCAUGGAAAUUACUUCCCUUAAUUACUAUCAAGAUGUAGGUUCUGCGGAAGACCCACCUCGCAGUGUGUCUGUCUGUCCCGGACGUCAGUGCGUGGCAUUCGGCUCUGGUUCUUGUAUUGAGCUACGUUGGAUUGACGCAAAGACAAAACAAGAUUGCCUAAAACGCCUUGCUAUGCUGCAGCCAUCGGAAAUCCUGCACUUCCUGCCUCGUCGAUCAGAGACGCCUACAGAAAUGCGGCUCAUCUCAUCCCUUGCUGGUCCGGGAUUACCAGGUUGUAAAUGCCACAAUGCACGAUCUGGUGAACAACGGGCAGCUUGCCCUUUUCAUAUUUUGGCCGAUAUCCAAUCUUUUGCUCAGUGGAGUUCCGGAGAAACUUGCACUCUCGGAUUAGUGAGGGCGACACAUUGCCACCACUACAGAACUGUUCCUAUCAAAGAUGGUUUACAUUUCCUGUUCAUCGAACCGCGCACUAGUCUGCUUUGUAUAGGUUCCGAUGCUCCUUUCGGUGGUCCUACUAGUCUGACGAGAGCUCUUAUCUGUAUCCCACCAUUUGGAAAAAGUCCGUCGGGAGCUGUAAAAGAGGGAUUGGCGCCUACGGCAUUUGCAGCUGGUUCGGACUUGAACUGGAGCCUGCGGGUGGUAGCUGCCUAUGGAGACCGGAUUGUCUUAUACUCUGUCCCGCUGGAUGUCUUCAAUGUGAUUCAAAUGGAACGUGAAAGACAAGGAGAUAAUGUCAUGGGUGAUAGUGAUCUAGCACGAGAUUGGUUUCUCGACAGCGAAAGGUCACGAAUUGGUCGUGGAAGUCUCGCACCGAAUCAAAACGGCGACUGGGACUUCCUCCUUAAUGUGAGCUACAGGCCGACAGCUAUGAUGUGGCCAUUCAAAAUCUACGGGAAGGAAAUUGGGCAGAUGGACAAUGUGGUCGAGUUGUCCUUACAAGCUGCCCACGGUGGCGCUCGAAUUUGGGCGUUUGGCGCAUCCGGUCAAACGAGCAUCUUUGACAUAGACACCUUCACGUGUAGCACCCAGCAAGUCGCCGAUAUUCCUUACAAGUCGUUGUGUAUUGGAGCCGAUGGCAGCGUCGCUUCGGCUGAGAUGCUCAAGCGGAGUGAUAUCAGCUUGUCACCUCCAUUGUCGUCGCGCAAACGAAAGCACAUCGAGACACUAGGAGAUUUUGGUGAACCAAAGUCUACCGCUUACCAAUCUCACGAUACGACACUUGAUGGAGAAAAUCUAUCGGAUUUACAGGACAUCCACCAGACUAUGACUAGCAAUGCAACCACCAAACGGCAAAUAUCUUUCGCAGCGCGCAUUGUCGACUUCGGUAUCCCAGAGUCAGCCGACAGAUCGGUAACGAGCGAAUGUGCUUAUGCUUAAAAACAACGAACCACAAAUAAGCCUUUUUAUUUUGGGAAGAAUCUAUAUAACCAGCUCGACACAAUUUUGCAAAGACUGGUUUAGUUUUCUUCUUAGACUCUAGCGACAGUUAUACGAUAUGCCCCCCCAAAAUAAACCCCUAGACAAAGAAUGACAGCCAUCGAUAUGCUAUUGAUUGUUAUUGACAUUCAUACUACUGAGCACACGUGCGCAGAGCCAUAGAAAAUAUCGUUAUAAACAUUCUCUAUAUUCUUUGAGGUUACAUCUAGAGAACCAUGCACUUAGAAUAGCUCACGUCCAGAACUCUCUAUACCCCCUUAUAAAAACACAACAUAACCCAACAAUUCAAACCAAUCCAAACCCAACAUCUUCCUCCUCCCAUCCCUCACCUUCACAUCCCCAAUCGCCCGUCCACAAACAACAACCCUAC